AUGACACCAAUCCUGAAGCGCAAAGGAGAGCAUGAGCCAUCAGCCCGCAAGGGCAAGGCGAGGGCAUCGAUGCAACGUGCUGAAGAAGAAAAGGAUGAGAGCCCUGAUUUAGGAGACGCAAGUGCUCCUCGCACCCGUGGAGCGAUGGCGAUUCGAAUUGAUGCUGAUAAAUAUAUGUUUCAGCUUGUCGAGGACCGAACAGUGGUUCAGGCGCUUACGGAAUACGAGCCGAUAAAGGAAAACAUGUACCGCUGUAGGCCUCGCCGAGUACUUAACGAGGACGAGAUCCCAAUGUGUCAUUGCUCAAUUCAAACGGAAGGGAUGACGACACGUGGGGAUGACUGCGAGAACCGAUCGAUGCAGAUUGAAUGUGUCGAAAAUUGCUGUAGCAGCGGAAUAGCUAGCACCAACCAACGCAUGCAAGUAGGCGCCACACCAGUGCUGUCGGUGAAAAAGCUACCUGGCAAAGGGUUAGAUCUCUUUCUGGAUGAGAAUGUUGCAACUGGCAGGUUCGUAUGCCAGUACACUGGCGAAGUCAUAAGUCGACUGGAGUAUCGACGGAGAGCGCAAGAACUUAUCGGGGCUAGGAAUUACUACGGUAUGCGAGUUGGAAGGAACGAGAUCAUUGAUGCCAGACACCACGGAAGCCUUGCCCGAUUUGUGAACCAUAGCUUCAAACCCAACUGUACUGUCGAGAGGUGGGAGGUACAGGGUGAAACCUGUUGCGGUAUUUUUGCCUUUACCGACAUCAGUGUUGGCGAGGAGGUGACAAUUAAUUAUUCGUCUGGAUCUGGGACGACGGAGGGUUGUCCAGAAACGAAUGCCGUGCGCAUGCACUGCUGA